AUGAAGCCCUUUUUACUUCUUAGUUCACUGCUCGCUAGCAGUGCCCUUGGAUCCAACUUAUCGACCAAGGUAUAUGGAAAGCCUGCUGGGCUUGCCUACAGUGUUACAGGAGGCGGAAAUACGACACCAGCUGUCCCAGCUAACGUGGCUCAACUGCUCGAUUGGCUUACGGAUAGCAAGCCCCGCGUUAUCGUCCUUGACAAGGAGUACAAUUUCAUAGGCAACGAGGGCUACUGUGAAAACUGCGCUUGUUGCGUAUUUAACACCGAUACUUGCGGCGACGGUGGCCAGGAUGCGAUCGAAACUGAUUUCGGUUGGUGUGGACAUAGGACUCCAGUCGACUGUACCUAUCCCAACACGACGACGAUCGACGUGGCAUCGAAUAAGGCUAUUGUUGGGCUGGGAGCAAAAGGUGUUAUCCGAGGUAGUGGACUGCGAGUUGUGAACAGCGUGUCGAAUGUCAUCGUACAGAACAUCCGUAUCACAGGCAUUAAUCCUGGAUACGUCUGGGGUGGAGAUGCGAUAUACAUGGAUGGCUGUGAUUUGAUCUGGAUUGAUUAUGUGAAGAUUUCAUUGGUUGGCCGGCAGAUGAUAUCUAUGGGAUAUGAAUCCAGUGGACGCGUCACCAUCUCAGACACCGAGUUCGACGGACGAACCGAUCAUUCUUCUACCUGCGACGGACAUCAUUACUGGACCAUCCUUGGACUUGGAGAGAACGAUAAAGUGUCCUUCUUCAACAACUGGAUCCAUCAUACCUCUGGACGCUCUCCAGACCUGGGUUCCGUGAGCGCCUGGCACAUUUUCAACAACUACUGGACAUGCUUCUCUGUCACCCCUGAGCCUGCUAUCCUACUGGAAGGAAACAUAUUCCCUGAUGUAGCGAGACCGACUGAGCCUGGCAAUGGAUAUGGCAUGUUUAUCACGAACUCGAGCACGGUCACUACCUGCGACUCAGCUAUGAAGCGCCCGUGUCAAGAAAAUCUGCUCACAGGCAGCGGGGACCUAUCGCCUUACACAACAAAUAAUGUGACAUCAUUACAGACAAUCGCUGAUGCAGAUGAACAGAACAUCAACAUCAUGCCCGUCAGCCAGGUUCGAGCCUAUGUCCUGGCUAAUGCUGGCAUUGGGAAGGUCGGAUUCAACAGUACUGUCACUCCUACAGUUUCACCUUCAAGUUCAGUCAUGACUCCACCUGCCACUGUGGCACCUUACCAGGUCCACAAGGACAACAGUCAUGGCCAUCAAUAUUUGCGCUUUCACCAUCGACGCCCCUAA